UCUCCUCGAUAUAGUGAAAUUGGCUCUCUCUCGCCCGUGGACGUAGCUAACACACAUAGUGUUAGUGAACCACGUAAAUCGUGUGUCUGUGUUUUUCGAUUCUCGCUUUUGUAUUCUUGCUUUGUCGAUUCCAGCGAUUUCCCGAUCCGUAGUAGCGCGUUUAUAACAAAAGGUCAUUUUCAUUUUGUCAAGCUAAAUAACUUGAAAAAAUUUAACCAGGACAAAGAAAAUGGAGAGAACUACAGCUUUCGCCAGUCCAACAUUCCGCUCCACUCCCAAAGACACAAUUGCUAAACAACCAGCACAAAACGAAACAAGAAGCAGCAGCAGCAAAAAAAUUAAGAAAUGAGAGCAAUCUCAAUUUCAAUGACAAAGCACCAGCACCUAUCUACCAUACACAAAGACACAGUUGCAAUCGGAAGAAGUGAUCCACCCGAGAUUCAACCUUUUCUGAGUUGUAUGCAUGUAUUAUAAGAGCAUGCACAUCUGAUAAAUCUUUCAACCUGUACUUUGCAACAUGAAGGGGAUCGAACAUUAACAAAUUUAGGCAAUGAUCCCACUUGUUUGCUGUGAGUCUAAAACACCAAACACAAUUGCCGCAGCCUAUACAGUCAGGUCUAUCAGAGAACUACCAGAAAAGGAAAUAGAGUGGUACAACUAUACUGUUCCAUUCCAUGUCAUGCAUGAACCUUUUGGAUUGUGUUAAGAUACAGUUGGAGAAGGAAAAUAGAGUCAAAUCAACAUGUGUUCACAAUUGCACUCCUCGGGGAACCAAUACACUUAAAAACUGAAUUCGCUGGUAACUUGCAAGUCACCGUAACUUGCACUUUUCGGUCGACCUAAGUUAGGAUUAGGUCGACCUAAUAUGUUGAUUCAGUGUAAAAACAGUUUCAUGGUGCCUACUUUGGAGAUUCAUAUCUUACAAUUGGCUCGAUAGAAAUUGAAGAUUAAUGGCUUGUUUUGAAACUAGAGUGUCCCUCUACACAUUGAAGUACUUGGGAGAUUGAUAGGAAGUCCCGAAGACCAUUUUUGAACCUGAUCAAAUUCAAAAGGCUAUGCCAAAACUGGGAAACUGUUUGAAAAUUGCUAAGUCCGGUAACGUGUUUGUGAAGCCUACUUUGGAGCUCAAUUUGAAAAGCAUGGAUGAGAUUCUAGUCCACGGGCCUCUACCACGUGAAAGUAGAUAUGUUUGUCUACAAAAGAAGGCAUUGGAUGAAAUAUUGGAUAUCUGGAAGGCUUCAAACAAAAGACUCGAAGUUGCUACGAAUGUUGUUUUUUCUGGCAGCUUCCUUGUGAUUAAAUGAGUUGGGCGGAUGCUAACGAAGAGUGACUAAAUGUGACAUGUUUCAGUAAUUCGAGUGACAUUCAUAAAAAAAAAUUAAAUCGAAUGACCGGAGUUGGACGGAGACUAACGGGAGAAUGACUAAAUGUGACCUGUUUUAGUAUUUUGAGUGACCAAAAUUUAUAUUAAUUUUUCCUAUUGACUAAACAUAACACAAUUUAGCAAUCCCAAUGACCAAAUGUGACAUUUACCCGUUUUCGAAAAGAAAUAAUUGGUGUUGCUGCUCACAUGCAAUUGACUAGCACAAAAAGGGUGAUAACAACGACAUUAAGGACAAGUUCAAAAGUGUGAUAUAAAAUAGGGUAAAAUACCUCGCGUGCCACUUAAGUUUGAGAAUUGGGAUAGUCAUACCACUUAAGUUUGAAUAGGGCGUCGGGUACCAGUGAACUCUAUUAUAUUUGCACCCGGUACCACUUAAGUUUACUCCUAAGUGCAUUCCGUUAAAGUUGACAGAAUAUUCUUGGAAUAUUCUGUUUUCUAAAUUUCAUAAUUGGUCCUUCUACAUUUUUUAUUGUAAGAAAAUAAUUUGGACUUAUGAAAAAUAUCAUUUUUCAUUGGUUAGUUAGAAUCCUCUUUUGAAUAUUUGAUACCAAAUCAAGAAAAUUUAGAAUCAAUUAUCAUUAUAAUUAUUUUUAAUUAUCAUAAUGUGUUCUAAUAAUUUAAUUAUUCCAUGCAUGUUAUAACUAAAAAAUGUUGUAGCUUAUAUAGUCAUAUUUUCUUUUCUAUAUUUUUUACCGAAUGUUGUAGCUUUUAUGUUUUAUUUGUUACUUGGUUACUUUCCAUUUCUUUUCGUUCUAAUUUUUUUCAAUUAGAGGAAUAUGUUUAAUUCUUUCUUAUUGUGUUCUAGUUAUCCUUCUUUGAUUUUGAUAUAUUGAUAAUCGAUUAGGUUCUAUUUUAAUUAUUUCUAAUGGUGCUUCUAAUUGAAUUAGGAGGUUUAAAUAGAUGUUCUAAUAUUAAUUUUAAAUAUUUAUUAUUAUAUUCUAGUAUAUUUAUUAUUAUUCUUGAUAUUAAUUUACUAUAUUUACUAAUUUAUCUAUUUUAUUAAAAAUAUUAAUCAUUUCUAGCAAUAAUAUGUUUAGAAGGUUUUCUAAUUAUUAUAUUAGAUAAAACUUGUUAAAUAUAGUUUUGGAUGUUUUUAAAAGUUUCGGGUACUAAAAAGUAAUUAAAAUUUUGGUUUGGAUGGAAAAGUAGACGGAUGCACAUUUUGGUGACUUUAAUGGUACCCGACGCCCUAUUCAAAUUUAUGUGGUAUGUCUACCCCAAUUCUCAAACUUAAGUGACACUCGAGGUAUUUUACCCAUAUAAAAUAAGAUGCAACACUCAAAUAUGCAUUGUGUUGAUUAUCCAUAAUCAUUAUUUUCACAGUACCACCCAAUUAGUCAGCUUCUUCAACGUGACUUUGUAUUCCCUCGCAGCUUCACAAUUCAAAGUAUUUGUAUUUCACCGCCAUUUCUUGGGUGUUCUUCUCAUCAUCAUCAUAAUCCAUAUGACACUGCUUUUUUGGUGUACCAUGCUCGACUUUCAAUUUCUCUAAAUAAUCCAUCAGUAUUCCA